AUGCCAUCGAACAACGAUCUACCUGGUCUUAAGGAUGUGACCAACUUGGCACGUUUGACCAAUCCAGCACCUCCGCGCUACCACGACCAGCCCUGGUAUCAUGCUUCACUUGAUCGAAAAAGCGCCGAAGACCUAUUAACUCGGGCAUAUCUUCCUGGUGCCUUUCUGGUCCGAUCCAAAUAUUCCGAUACAUUGGAGACCAGCGAGGAUGAGCCUGAUCAGUUUGUGAUCUCUUUCCAAAUUGGAUAUGAUUUGGACAAGCUGAAAUAUAGCCUAGCUUGA